GGCUCGGCGCUCUGCUCUUGUGCCAUGGGUACCCUGCCGGCCUCGCUGUUCGUCGUGCUCCUGCUCCUCCUGUGUGCUGCGGUCCCCGCGCGCGGCGACACGCCCGCCAACUGCUCGUACCCCGACCUGCUGGGCACCUGGGUGCUGCAGGUGGGCGCCCCGCGCGGGCAGCGCCUGGCCAACUGCUCGGCCGUGGGACCGCCAGAAAAAAAAGUAGUAGUGCACCUUAAGAAAUUGGAUACAGCAUAUGAUGACUUUGGUAAUUCCGGCCAUUUCACCAUCAUCUACAAUCAAGGUUUUGAGAUUGUGUUGAAUGACUACAAGUGGUUUGCCUUUUUUAAGUAUAAAGAAGAGGGCGGCAAGGUCACCAGUUACUGCCAUGAGACGAUGCCUGGUUGGGUCCAUGAUGUGCUGGGCCGGAACUGGGCUUGCUUCACCGGAAGGAAGGUGAAUGCUCACUCUGAGAAUGUGAACGUGGAUAUGAUACAUCCUCCGACUCUGCAGCAAAAGGAAAACUAUUCUAACAGGUUAUACAAAUAUAAUAACAACUUUGUGGAAACCAUCAAUGCUGUUCAGAAAUCCUGGACCGCAACCACAUACGGGGAGUAUGAGACACUUACCCUGAGAGAAAUGAUGCGGAGAGCAGGUGGCCACCGCCAGAGUCACCCAAGGCCCAAACCUGUGCCAUUGACUGCAGAAAUGCAUGCAGAGACUUUACAGUUGCCAGCAUCUUGGGACUGGAGAAAUGUCCAUGGUACUAAUUUUGUUAGCCCAGUUCGAAACCAAGGUACUUGUGGAAGCUGCUACUCAUUUGCUUCUAUGGGCAUGCUUGAAGCCAGAAUUCGCAUACUAACCAAUAACUCUCAGACCCCAAUCUUGAGUCCUCAGGAGAUUGUUUCUUGCAGCCCAUAUGCUCAAGGCUGUGAAGGUGGAUUCCCAUUCCUCAUUGCAGGAAAAUAUGCCCAGGAUUUCGGGCUGGUGGAAGAGAACUGCUACCCCUACACAGGUGUUGAUUCCCCAUGCAAACAGAGGGAAAACUGCAUCCGAUACUACACGUCUGAAUACCACUAUGUUGGAGGGUUCUAUGGGGGCUGCAAUGAAGCUCUGAUGAAGCUAGAGCUGGUCCGCCACGGGCCCAUGGCUGUUGCUUUCGAAGUUUAUGAUGACUUCCUCCACUACAGAAAGGGGGUCUACCAGCACACAGGGCUGAGAGACCCUUUCAAUCCCUUUGAGCUGACUAAUCAUGCUGUUCUGCUGGUGGGCUAUGGCACUGACCCCCACACUGGGCUUGAUUACUGGAUUGUUAAGAACAGCUGGGGCACUGCUUGGGGUGAAGAUGGGUACUUCCGCAUCCGCAGAGGGAACGAUGAGUGUGCCAUUGAGAGCAUAGCCAUGGCAGCCACUCCCAUCCCUAAGUUAUAGGGUUGUCUUCAAGCCAACAACCAUCCAUCAUAAAAGAGAAUCCAUUUCUUCCCAGGCUGGAGACAUAUCAGUUUCUGAAGAGUGCAAAUAGGUUCUAAUCAGGACUUUUACUCAUAAAAUUAAAAGGCAUCCUUGAUUUUAUUAUACUUUCCCAUUAAGCCCAUGUUUUUUAAAUAUUAAAUGAGUUUUCUCUGAUUGUGCAGAAAUAAAUUUUUUAAUUAUUCAAAUUCAAACAGAUACUAUAUAUUUUUAAUGUAUGUGAAAGACUGAUUAUUUUUCAAUUGUAAAAAUUAAAAAAUGUGAGUUAUUUUUAAAGAUUUUUAAAUGUCAAAGAUUUUAUAAAUGUUCAGGUGGCAUAUAGUAUGGAAUUUAUGUGUCUUAGAGAUGUUUUACCAUUGACUCUUUUGAUUAGAUUUACUUGUUACUUAUCUAAGUACUUAAAAAAUAAAAAGCAUUUGAGGGUAUUUUAAUUUAAAAAAUAAAACUUAGGGGCCCAUGACGAUACUGCAAUGGAUAAUGUGUUUGCCUUGCAUGCACCUGACCUGGGUUUGAUCAUAUGGUGCUCUGAGCUAUGCAAGGAGUAAUUUCUGAGUGCAGAACCAGCAGUAACCCCUGAGCAUUGCCAGGUAUGAUCCAAAAAGCAAAAAAUAAAUAAAAUAAAACUUUUAUGGUAGAGGAUACAUUCAGUUGAUUAUUGAAUCUUAAAGUCUUAUCCAAGAUGUAUGAUAAGCCAGAGGCUGUGGAGCAAAGAAACAAAGUUUGAUAAAUAUAUGGAUAUUGAUUAAACUUUUUUAAUAGUGUAUAAAAAGUCUUGUUUCGUCUUCACUGGGUGAGCCAUAAUAGCUUAAAUGGUCAAAAGUAAAUCUCAAGCUGAAGAUUUGGGCAGAUCAUUAGGCCCUCCAAAAGAUAUUCACAAUGGUUUUAACCUGUAUUCUGAACCAAGAAAUGGCAUCUAUUAGAAGAAAUAGGAUUAAAGCACAUUUCAUAUUUGAAAAUGUUACCUUGGUGUACAUUCUUCGUGUGUGUUUCUAAUAUCUCAGUUCUGCUUUACAUUGCAGUCCACUGCAAAGACAAAAUUCUUGAAAUGAGGCUCCAGAAUUUACUUCAUAUUUACAAUGUGCCUUUUUGGUCUCCUGACACAUUCCCACAUAGCCUUGGUCUUUCCCCCGCAGAGACACCAGACCCUCUGCAUGGUAGGCUUAGUUGGAGCCCUUACCAUCUGGGAGGCUUUCUAGGUGAUUUAUGCUCUUGUUUUGUUUGUUUUUCAUUUUUAUUUCUGGAAGUUGAACCCAUGUAAAUUGUGUGCUGUAAUAUUGAUCUACAUUUCUGAUCCUGAGGAGGCAUUAUUUCGUUCUUACUGUUACUGAUAUGACAUCAUUUGAUUCCUAUUCCAUUCCUUAUCGCUAUGGUAAAUGAUACACUUUGAAGUCAAAAGUGAAUUUGUUGU